ACGGUCACGGAAGCGCAUUCACCAGUUGGGAAAGCUGCGAAGCCCAAAGGUUUACCGUUCAGGAGGUACAAUACUUGCUUCAUUUACAUACUGGUAUAAUAUCUAUAUUUUUCAAGUGUGAAACUGUUUGUGCCAUUUAAUUGCUGAGUAAUUUGUAAUAAUUUGUUAUUUGUUGGAUUGCUUACUUUUUCGUCAAGAAGCUAGACGCUAGACGGAAGGUUGCUUGACGGAUAAGGUUAAUUUCGCCACUCCUCGAAUCGUAACUGCAGUUGGCAAUCGUAUUCCUCCAGGAAAAUGUCGUGGAUAUCAAAAGCAUUUGGUGGGGGAAAAAAGAAGGAUGACCCAGUGACGCCUCAGGAUGCCAUUCAAAGGCUUCGCGAAACCGAGGAAAUGCUAACCAAGAAAUCAGAUUUUCUUGAAAACAAGGUUCAACAAGAAAUUUCCUUAGCGAAAAAGCACGGAACCAAGAAUAAGCGAGCAGCAAUUGCUGCCUUGAAGCGGAAGAAGCGAUAUGAGAAGCAGCUGCAACAAAUUGAUGGCACCCUUUCUACCAUUGAGUUCCAGAGGGAAGCCCUUGAAAAUGCCAACACGAAUACGGAAGUUUUGAAGAUUAUGGGGGUCGCGGCCAAAGCCUUGAAAUCAGCACACCAGAACAUGGAUGUGGAUCAGGUGCAUGAUCUUAUGGACGAAGUCGCCGAACAGCAGGAGAUUGCCAACGAAAUUUCGGAAGCCAUAUCGCAUCCGGUUGGUUUCGGGAACGAUGUUGAUGAGGCUGAGCUGGAGGCGGAAUUGGAAGAACUUGAACAAGAAGAACUCGAUAAACAGUUGCUGGAUGUCACGCCCGCCACCAAAGAUUCACUUCCGGCUGUCCCCACGUCCGAACCGGCUGCUGCAAGUCGUGCUCGGGCUCCCGCUCGUCCCACGAAAGUGGCCGACCACGAGGAUGAUGAUAUGAAAGAAUUGGCACAAUGGGCUAGCUAAACGCUUUCUGCUAAAUCAGUCCUUUUUUCCUUUUUAUGGAUAUUAAUUUUGGCUUUUUGCUGAUUGUCGUAGUUUUGUCGUAUUUUGGUUCAUGACAGACCGUUUAUCACGUCUUGCAUUAUUCCCGCUGCUCCGUUAUCAUGGACGACAACUGCUUUAAUUAUUACGUGAUUUUGAAAUCGUGUUGAACAACCUGCAUACUAUAUGCAGCUGACCUUGUUGAGUGGCCGCUGUUCUAAACAGGUUUAUUGCUUUGCUUUUAUUUUUGCUUGCAGGUUGUAACGAACGUUAAUGCAAUACAUGGUUUUCUUUUGCUUUGUCAUUUCGGGAAUUCAGACGGUGUUUGUGAUCCGAUUCCAAAGAGUAAAAAACAGUUUAUAUGUGUAAACG